AUGUCUUCUGUGUGGAAGUUCUUCAAAAAAGAAGACAACAACAAUGAUUCAGCUUCUUGCAAUUUGUGCGGCAAGUCGUAUAAAACGUGCGGUAAUACAACCAAUUUGGCCACUCAUUUAAAAAAUAGGCAUCAUUUUGCUUAUUUGCAAAUGAUGAAAAUGCCUAGUUCAUUGAAAACAACUAAAUCUAGUGAAGAAACUGAAGACGCUGCGGCAGUAGACUUGAAUAACUCCAAUCUUAGUUUGCCAUCCACUAGUACUGGUUAUAAAAAUUCCCAGCAAAGUCAAGAAGAUGUCACAGUCAAUCCUGCUGAGAUGGUUUAUCAUGAAGCUAAAAAAAGAAAACAAAGCACCUUAGUAGCUUGUUUAGAGAGAGGCUCAAGCUUCGAAGGUAUGUUACUGCAAAGUAAGCUUAUUUUGCCAUCCACUAGUACUGGUUAUAAAAAUUCCCAGCAAAGUCAAGAAGAUGUCACAGUCAAUCCUGCUGAGAUGGUUUAUCAUGAAGCUAAAAAAAAGAAAACAAAGCACCUUAGUAGCUUGUUUAGAGAGAGGCUCAAGCUUCGAAGGCUUUAUACAGAAAGAAAACUGGAAACUUAUAAGCGCUUACCGGCGCUUGACAGCGCUGGUAACCCGCGCAGGAAAAUAAAUGAACGCGCGCCGACAAGCACUGAACGGUGCCGACAAGUUCCGACAAGCUCCAACACGCGCUUGUCAGCGCUGGGUGCUGCCAUUUAA